AUGAGACCGUUACGAACUAUCAAACCUCCCUCAUACACUGUCCUUCGGGGCGGUGCCAAUCAUUUAGUGAAGAAUCAACGCCUAAUUGAUGACCUUUCAUUGCCUCCUAUGACUUGGAGUUUUCAAUUUUACUUUUUCUUUCUUGCUCGAUUGUUUAGGAAUGUUCUCUGCUUCUUAUUUUUAUUCUCCGUUUUUUUUCAUGAAACGUUAUUUUUCGUUCUUAAAUUAUUCCAAAUUUUUCUGUUUUCAUUCGUACUUUUUUUUCCUUCAUUCCUUCCAUUUUUUUUUUAUUUUUGCUUAAUUCUUUCCUAUUUUCAUUUAUCAUUUAUUCUUUUUUUUCAUUCCUUGCAAUUUCUCUUUCAUCAUAAUUUAUUCCAAGUUGCUUUUUUCAUUAAAUCAUUUUUCUUUUUUCAUCAUUCCUUCCGAUUUUUAUUUUUGCUUUUUACCAUCUUAUUUUCUUUAUUCAUUCAUUUUAAUUUUCGCUUUUCUUCAUUCCAUUCAAUUUUGUUUUUGCAUCAUUCUUUCUUAUUUUAUUUUUUCAUUCAUUUUUGUUUCAUUACUUCCAAGUUAAAAUUUUUCAUAAUUUCUUCCUCUUUGUUUUUUUUAUUCGUUCAUGUUUCUUUUCUUUCAUUCCUUCGAUUUUUUUUUUAUUUUUUGCUUAAUUCUAUCCUCAUUUUUCUUUCGUUCAUUUUUCUUUUUUCUUUAUUCAUUCUUAUUUUCUUUAUUCCUUCAUAUUUUCAUUCCUUUAUAUUUUUCUUUUCUUCUUUUUUUCUUUCAGCUCUUUCCUUUAAAGUUGCUUUCUUUCCUAUUCUUCUUUCCCUUUUCUUUCUUUGUUUUGUUUCCUCAUGUUCAUAUCUAUCCAUCUAUCUAUCUAUCUGUCUGUCUCACCUAUCUAUCAUUUUAUCAUAUAUCUAUCUAUCUAUCUCAGUUCCAUGUUCGUAUCUAUCUAUCUAUCAUAUUUUAUCUAUCUAUCUAUCUAUCUAUCUAUCAUCCAUCUAUGUUCAUAUGUUCAUACCUAUCUCAGUCAUGUUUCAUCUAUAUCUAUCUAUCUAUCUAUCUAUCUAUCUAUCUCUAUCUCUGUCUGUCAUCAGUUAUAUUCAUCUACCUAUCCGUCUCAUGUUCAUACCAAUCUCAUUCAUGUUAUCAUCAUAUCUAUCUAUCUAUCUAUCUAUCUAUCUAUAUCAUCUAUCUAUCUAUCUAUCUAUCUAUCUAUCUCUAUCUAUCUAUCCGUCUCACUUAUGUUCAUACCUAUCUUCAUAUCUAUCUAUCCAUCUAUCAUCUAUCCAUCUAUCUAUCUAUCACAGUCAUCAUAUCUAUCUAUCUAUUUAUCUAUCCAUCUAUCUAUGUAUCUAUCUAUCUGUCCCUAUCUAUCUAUCUAUCUCAGUCAUGUUCAUCUAUCUAUCUAUCUAUCUAUCUAUCUAUCUAUCUAUAUAUAUAUCUAUCUAUCCAGUCAUGUUGUUCAGUCACCUAUCUCAUCAUUCAUCCAUCUAUCUAUCUAUCUAUCUAUCUAUCAUCAUCUAUCUAUCUAUCUAUCUGUCAUCCAUCUAUCUAUCUAUCUAUCCAUCUAUCUAUCUAUCUAUCUAUCUAUCUAUCUAUCUCAGUUAUGCUCAUAUCUAUCAUAUCUAUCUAUCUAUCUAUCUAUCUGUCUGUCUCAGUUAUGUUAUCUAUCUCAGUCAUCUAUUCAUUCAUCUAUCUAUCUAUCUAUCUAUCUAUCUAGUCUCAGUUAUGUUCAUAUCUAUUCUAUCUAUCUAUCUGGGACUCAUCUAUCUAUCUAUUAAAAUAUCUAUCUAUCAGAUCAGAAGUCAUCUGGAAAUAUAUGUAGAAAUGACACAGGAAGCCUCAUAUCUAUCUAUGAUCUAUCUCUAUCUCACUGGUGUUCAAGAUGCUAUCUAUCUAGUCAGGAACGACUACAUUUGCAGAUCCUAG